AAUAACCAGGUGCAAAUUAGAAUUGAUCGUCUCUCAUUAUUUUGUGACUAUUUGUUUAAUCGGCAACAGUGCUAUGUCUGUGAGCUUAAAGUUUAUAAGUGCUAUUCUCUUGUUGUUUAUAUGUGCUACUCAAAGUGAAAAAGAUAAUGUCAAUGAAAACAAAGUGGAAGAUUGUAGAAAAACUACAAAUCUCAGUAAGGAUGAUGCUGAUAAUAUGGUCCAACUAAAAAACAAGCCAAAAACAAAAGAUGAAAAGUGUUUCCUGAAGUGUUUUUAUGAAAAUCAUUUUGUGGCAGCAUCAGGGAAAUACGAGAUGCAAGUAAAUGAAAACGAUCCAUACAUUGUCUCAGUGGAAGAUGCGCCAGCUAAGACCAACAAUUUGGUUAUCAAGGGUUGUAUUAAACACGCCACUUUUAAAGACAAGUCAGAAGAAGCAUGCGAGUUGGGUCUUAUUAUGCGCCUUUGUCACCAACAGUACAGUCGUCUCGCUACACAAGUUGUAGCAAACCUGAUACUGCGUAACGAGGAACUGGCCAACGAACAGGGAUAACACAUCAUGUAUAAACAUCUGAUUAAAGCAUAGUUCAUUAGUGUGGUCUCAUAUAAA